GAACAAUCGGUUUCUGUGUUUGCUCAACCUUGCUGAGCGGGCCAUCUGGUCGACCAUAGAUAUCUUUGUGUUUGCUCAACCUUGCUGAGCGGGCCGUCCGGCCGCCCACAGAUAUCUUUGUGUUUGCCACCAGGCAGCCUGUGUCCUUGGGCUGAGCUUCCUUUUGAUAGGCAAUGACUAUGCAGCUGUGGAGGAACGGAAUUUUCCAUAAGCCUCAGCUUUCAGCUGCCUGUUAGACUGGGCCAGAGUCUUUCAGACACGUGUCUCAAUCUCUUUCACCUUUAAUUAUCAAGGCAGAGUCCCUAAUUGACCUUGGAGCUGAUCGGUUUGGCUGUUCUGGCUGGCCAGCUUGUUUUGGGGGUCCCUUGCCUCCUGAAUUCUGGGAUUUUUGUCAGCCAGCAUGCUUGCCCAGCUUUUAUGUGGGUUUUAGGCAUCCAAACUCCUGUCUUCACACUUGCAUGGCAAACACUGAGCCAUCUCUUAGUCGCUGCAUUUAUUCUUACACAACCUGCAGAACAGAGUUGAAACGAUGUUUGUAUUGCUUUUGCAAUGGUCUCCAAAAUCACAAUGCCACAUUCUCUCGCAGGUUUUUGCCUAUAGGUUCAAUUCCUUCAUCCAUAUCACACUUUUCUAGCAACCUUCCUUCUGCAAGUCCACUGACAGGCUAAUUUGCGAUAAUAAACUACUUCCUAAUGUUUUCAACUUUUUCUAUAGUGAUGUCAAGCGCCAGCACAACACCUACCCAUUGCUUCUCUACAGGAAGUUGUGAAUGUGGACCCUUGUCGGUAACUUGAAUUUUCUUUGUAACCUGUCUAUUCAAUCUUAAAGCCUAUUCAUCGUCUGGAAAUAGAGGUAGCAUUAAAGGCAUUUCCUGAGAAAAAUGCAAAAGGAAACAGUUCUUCCCACACUGGCAUCCCAGAGCAGGAGCAGCUCGGAAGGGCAGUUCGUCUUCUUUGUGAAGAGCGCCACCAUGUGUUGAGUACUUUUUACUGCAGCCGACUCCCCCAUAACCCAGGCGCCUCUGGGCCUGAAAGGAAGUUCUGGAGACGCAGCAGGAGACCUACCAGAGACUGCCUGGAGGUGACCCUGACAUGGCAGCUUCCCACCUUUAAGCCUUAGAGUACAAGGGCGGCGAUCACAGCGUUGCAGGUUCUUGGGAGUUGGUUGGGACAAAGUGGCCUUCCUCUUGCCCUCAGUGAAGUUCUCUGGGGACUUCAGAGGCCAGGGAACGAGCUCCUCAGUCCCUAGAGUCGGGCAAGUGUGCAGAAGGCCUCUCCGGUGCACGGACUCUUCAAGGGCAGAGGAUUGCCAGUUCUUGAACCAGACACAUUCCUUUCUCCAACUUGCUUCGUGGCAGUCAUUGUUUAUUUAGCCCUGCGUUCCUGAAAGCCUUGUCCCCGACACCAGCUGCCAUAUUGCCUGUGGUCUGUUCAACCCGGAAGAGGAUACUAAGCAUCUUCAGUCCUCAAGGAGCCAGCCAAUAGGGCGGCAGCCUGGCUCUGUUCCCCGAGGUGGAACUCAUCUUAGAUGCCAUCCUGGACACUCCACUGCGGCAGCAGGGAAGAGGACAGAGAGACACGGGGAGUGUUUGCUGACACCUGCCGUGGGAACAAGGGAUUCUGAAAUUCAUGAAUCCUGAAGAGGAGACACAGCUGGGGACAGCACAUCUUCCUUCCAUGAGGGCUAUAAGGAAGCAAUACAAGAAGAUCGGGGCAUCUCUUGUGGACGCUGAGACUUGAGACCAAGUUCUCCCAUGGCUUCUUUUCACAUUCGCCCCUUCCAGGAGAGAGAUUAUGACCAGGUCGUGGACUUGUUCUCCAGGGGCCUGAAGGAGCACAUCCCCAAUGCCUUCCGCCACCUGCUGACGCUGCCCCGGACCAUCCUGCUCUUAAUUGGAGUGCCUCUUGCCACAGUCCUGGUGUCUGGAUCCUGGAUGCUGGCUGUUUUAUGCAACUUCUUCCUGUUUGGAUUUUUGCAGCUCCUUGCUAGUUAUCCCUGGAAAAAGUAUGUGUCUGAAUGUUUGCACACAGACAUGGCUGACAUCACCAAGUCCUACUUGAGUGUGUGUGGUUCAGGUUUCUGGGUGGCUGAGUCUGGGGGCCAGGUGGUGGGCAUAGUCGGGGGUCUGCCAGUCAAGGAUCCCCCACUGGGGAGGAAGCAGCUACAGCUCUUUCGCCUGUCUGUGUCCUCACAGCAUCGAGGACAGGGCAUAGCGAAAGCACUGGUCAGAACUGUCCUCCAGUUUGCACGGGACCAGGGCUACAGCGACGUUGUCCUUGAGACUGGCCUUGUGCAGCGAGAUGCUGUGAGCCUCUACUACAGCAUGGGUUUCCAGAAGACAGGCGAAUCCUUCAUGAACACGCUCACAUGGCUUGUGGAUAUCUCUGUGAUUCAUUUUAUCUACCCACUCCCCUCUGCUCAGGAACGUGAGCUGUGACCUUCCUCCUCUGUGUAUCUGUCAGCCUCCAGCUCACUGUGCUGUGGAAGCAGCAACUCUGAUAUUGUAGUGAACAAACUAUAAAAGUGCCUUUGUCAUUUUCA